AUGUUAUUAUUAAUUUCAAUAUUCCUUAGACACAUAGAUGCAUGCAGUAAUUAUUUUAGAUAUUUAUUAGAUAUUUUGAAAAAUGAUUUGGAAAUAAGUAUAUCUACAUAUGAAAAUAUGUAUUGGGAAAUAAAGGAUGAAUUAAUUGAAGGAGAAAUGACAAAGUUCAGAUUAGAUGGUGAUUAGAAUGGGACUUACUUUAAAUUGUAAUAGCCAAACGAUAUUUAUGAUAUGAAACAUUUUCCUUAUUGUAUGAAAUUAAAGCAUACUUGUAGAGAUUUAAAAAAUAAUUAAGGCUAGAUCAUAUAGAAAAGGAGAGUUUUGGAUGAAUGAGUAUAGUUUAUUGGGUCAAGAUUCAUAAGGAUUUCAUAUAUAUAUAAUAUAAGAUGAAAUGUUUAGAUAAUUGUCACUUUAAUAAGCUUGUACAGAUUUUGAUUAUUUGGAUUAAAAUAAUUUUGUUGUUGUUUGUUAAAAUAAUCAAAAAUUAAUUAUAGAGAUUAUAAAUAAGAAUGGAACAAUUCUACAUGCCUAUUCCAAAUUUAUGUAAUAAAAAAGUAGAAUUAAUUUGACUAUUUAUAAAAAUAGAAUUUCAUAUCUGUUAAUUUAUAUUCCAGCAUAUGAAGAAGAAGUUGUAAGUAUAUAAUCAAUAAUUAAUGUGUUUGCUAUUGAUUCAUACUAAAUAAUAGAAACACCUUACUAUUUAGAUAAAAAAAAACUGUCAGAAUUAUUUUAGAAUGAACUUAAAUAUUUUUCUGUGAUUGAUGUUUAAGUCUAUUCAAAAAAAUUAUUUGUUUUGGAUUAUAGAUUGGGGCCAAUUUAAUUAAUAAUGGAUAAUAAGGGCAAUUUCACAAAUGCUAACUUAAUAACUUCAUCCUCAUACAUAACAGAAUUUUAUGGUUUUUCAAUCAGAAAUAAUGAGGAGAUUAUUGUAUUAGGAUUUUUAUAGAAAAAUUAGAUAAGUAUGAGGGUUAUAAAAAAUGGAAGAUAUGAUACUGUUGUAAGAACAUUUGAAAAAGAAGACUUUUCUUUAGGUCAUUGUGGAGUUCAAAUAACUCCUUCUUAUUAUUUGAUCAAAUCUAAUAAAGAGCUUAUGAUAUUUGAUGAUUUGCAAUUAGUAGAUAGAAUUCAAAUACAAUAAGAAGUUUUCAUUGCAAAUCCAAACUUUAAUCUCUAUGUAUUUUUUUAUUCAAAUAAAGCAGAAUUUUAUGAAAUCAGUUCAGGUAUAUUGACGUUUCAAAAAUAAAUAUAAAAAUCAGAAAAUUAGAAAUAUUUCAAAUUAAUUGACAUUAAAAAUACCAAUUGUUAUGUUGAUAUAGUAUUAUACGUCUAUGAAAAGUCAGAUGCUUAAAUACAUACAAAUUUUAACAAUAACUUUUAUAAUGAAAGAAUAGUUUAUUAUCCUCCAUAUCCAUAAAAAUAUUACACAUGGCCUAGAAUAACCAAUGGACCAAAUGUUUAAUAAUAGAUAAUUAUAAGAAAUGAUUAAAUGUAAAAGAUAGAUAUUAAAUUUCUCUCAUUAUCCCCUUUGAUUAUAACAGGAAUAAGUUAAUUUGAUUAGAACAAUGUAUUAUUCAGUAUCAUAAAUAAUAAUUUGGGUCUUAAUUAAUAUUUAGUUUAAACAGAAAAUUUGAGUACCUUCAUCUAUGUAUGCUAAUUAAAUGAAUUAGAAUAGAAAUGUUAAUAAAAAAGUACAUUUUAUCCAUUAAUAAAAUUGAUGGAUGAUAACAUAGCAUGGACAGAAGUAGGGAUGUAUGAUUCAUAUAUUGGUAUUAAGACUCAAAAUAAUCAUGUAAUCACAAUUUAUAGAGUUGGUGAUUCUAAGAUUGUUCAAAUAUUUCAAAUAAAAACUUCAUUAUAAGAUGAGAGAACCUAAAUCACUGAUUUUGCUAUAAAUGAAUAUUUUGUAUUUGUGCUCAUUAAUGGAAUGA